CCCCCUCACUCUGGUAGUGCUGGCAGCAUCCAUCCACAGUACACACACUGUGCUGUCUGUGUUCCAGAGAGAAUAUAUCAGCUCUACACAGGGAGGAGAGGAUUAACUCAACAUCAGCUCAUCUGCAUAUUCCCAGGGAACACAUAAGCACCCAAGGCUUCUUCUCUUCUCUAUCCAACUCCAGCCAUCACAGGACUUGACACUCUCAUCGUUGGAGCACCGUUCAUCCCAACUCUCUCUGCUGUGAGAGUAAAGGAGGACACGUCUUUCUGCUUUUUGGAUUUGGCCUUUUUUGUGUUUCUUCGUUAGGUUUAGGCUUGUCAAAUUGGAGCAAUGCAAUUCACAUGACAUAGUUUAGACUAGUUCUAAGCAUCCCGUUUUUCUUUUUUUCUUCUCCAGAGGACCUCUGACUUUUUUGACUGCUCUAUAGGGCUUGCUGCUUGUUCAUCUGAUUGGUCAACCUGAGUGUCAGAAUGCCAUCCAGGGAGUCUUAUGAGGUCCGGAAGGGAGAGAAGUCUUUGGUGCACAAGGCAAAGCAGGAGGCCAACCAGCAGGACAUACUGGCUGCUGCUCUGGGGAUGAGGAUCUCAGGACCCCAGAAACCUCCAGCCACUAUCUGGCAGCCUCUCAAACUGUUUGCCUAUUCACAGCUCACCUCGCUGGUCCGCAAAGCCGCACUGAAGGAUAACAGCCUGCCGCCCAAGUACGAGAAAGUCCACAACUUCAAGGUCCACACGUUCCGGGGACCUCACUGGUGUGAAUACUGUGCCAACUUCAUGUGGGGGCUGACGGCUCAGGGUGUCAAAUGUGCAGAUUGUGGCCUGAACGUCCACAAGCAGUGCUCCACUAUGGUACCCUGCAACUGUGUGCCAGACCUGAAACACAUCAAGAAAGUCUACAGCUGUGAGCUAACAACCCUGGUGAAAGCUCACAACACCAAGCGGCCCAUGGUGGUGGACAUGUGCAUACAGGAGAUUGAAUCGAGAGGGCUGAAGUCUGAAGGGCUCUACAGAAUAUCUGGAUUCAGCGAUUCAGUCGAAGAUGUCAAGUCGACAUUUGACAGAGAUGGUGAGAAGACAGACAUCUCUGCCAACGCCUAUGAAGAUAUCAACAUCAUCACGGGUGCACUUAAACUGUACCUCAGAGAUUUACCCAUUCCUGUCAUCUCCUACGACGCCUACCCCAGGUUCAUCGAGACUGCAAAGCUGGAAGACCCAGAGAAGCGGCUAAAGGCCUUCCGUGAGGCUCUGGAACUGCUGCCUGCAGCACACAGUGAAACCCUGAGGUACCUCAUGGCCCAUUUAAAGAGGGUAACGUUGAAUGAGAAGGACAACCUGAUGAAUGCGGAGAACCUGGGCAUUAUUUUUGGGCCCACUCUCCUGCGUGCCCCCAACCUGGACGCCAUGACGGCACUCAACGACAUCCGCUACCAACCGCAGGUGGUGGAGUUCCUCAUCAAAAAUGAAGACAUCCUCUUCUGAAAAACAGACACAUCCAUCCUGCUAAGAUAAGGAAGACAUCCUCUUCUGAAAACAGACACAUCCAUCCUGCUAAGAUAAGGAAGACAUCCUCUUCUGAAAACAGACACAUCCAUCCUGCUAAGAUAAGGAAGACAUCCUCUUCUGAAAACAGACACAUCCAUCCUGCUAAGAUAAGGAAGACAUCCUCUUCUGAAAACAGACACAUCCAUCCUGCUAAGAUAAGGAAGACAUCCUCUUCUGAAAACAGACACAUCCAUCCUGCUAAGAUAAGGAAGACAUCCUCUUCUGAAAAACAGACACAUCCAUUCUGCUAAGAUAAGGAAGACAUCCUCUUCUGAAAAACAGACACAUCCAUCCUGCUAAGAUAAGGAAGACAUCCUCUUCUGAAAAACAGACACAUCCAUCCUGCUUAGAUGAGGAAGACAUCCUCUUCUGAAAAACAGACACAUCCAUUCUGCUAAGAUAAGGAAGGAAAGAGACAGAUUUUUUGUAAAACAGCUUGAUGCUGUCUAAACACUUUUUUGUGCAAAGACUUGAAGGAACUUUUCUAUUGCAUUUGUAUUACAUAUGAAUCUUUGUAAUUACAUUUGUGAUACAUCCGUUUCCACUCCCAGUUAAGCAGUCCUGAAUCUUACUUUCUUUUCCCCUGUAAUGGGUGUGGAUGGUGAUGUACCUUAAACUUUGCAUGUCUGUCUCCCCAUUUUUGUCGGGGCUUGUGUAGAACACUGAUGGACCAGACUUGGCCGUGUCUUUAUUUUGUGUAGCUUUGUAGCGGUAACCUCGCAUGCGAUAAAUAUUGUGAAACAUUAACCAGGUUUCCAUCCAACCUUUUAAUGCGUGUAAUGUACAUGUCGGAUAGAUUAUUUAAUGACAGGCCUGAUGGAAACAGAUCAUUUGUCGGUAAACUUGCCAAAUGUCAACAAAACAAAAUACGCUAGACAAAGUGGGACCUUUUCGUGUUGGUAAAAUUAAUUAUGUGAGAAAUGUUGGUGGAAACAAUUUUAUGCGCAAAUAUUGAUAUAAUAACCAUCAUAUCGAAGUAAACUUGGAGUGGUUGUGUGGUCCUCCCACUAAAGUUGUGUGGUCCUCCCACUGUGACUCAUAGGGAAAGCAUGCAGGUAUCUUUAUGUGCAAUACAUCAUCACACACAGACUUUUAUCCACAAGUCAAUUUGAUGGAAAAACAUCUCUGGUGGGAAAAUGCUCAUAUUGGUUUUAUACAUAUUUUAGCAUAUUCACAUGAAAAUCUGUCACCAGUUGGAUGGAAACCUAGCUAUAGAUACUCUGCUAUUAUUUGUCAUGUAGAUUUACAGUAUCUCCUGUCCGGUUGCCCAAUGGGCAAUUGUUUUUGUGAAGCAUUGUAUACCUGGAUGUGAAAUAGACUACUGUAUCUUCUCUGAACCUUUGUAAUUAUCUUUAACUGAUUCGGUCUUUUUUGCCUUUUCAGCUGUUUUAGAAGUAUUUUUUAGGGGAAAUGCAAAGCCUCUUUCAAUCAGAAAACAAUCAGUGUACCUUUAAAUGUUCUGUUACAUUUGCCUGACAGUCAAAACUGUGUUGCAUUCAAACUGUUACCUUUGUGCAUUUAAUGUUUGUUCUUUUUAAAACAUAUUUUUGUACUUAAUUUGUGCAUGUAAAUUAUAAUUUAUUAAACCUUGCUUGCUGAAAAUGAACCUGUUUGCUCUGAGUCACCUAAAUUGUUCCAGUAACAACGAAGCCAAUGAAUAAGCA